AUGGCUGACGAGUCUCCAGAAGCAGCAGCAGCAGCAGCAGCUGCUGCUGCUGCUGCUGCGGAUGCAGAACAGCAGCAGCAGCAGCAGCAGGGGGCGGAGCAGCAGCAGCAAGACGAUGGACCGCAGCAGCAGCAGCAACAGCAGCCGGAUGAGCCGCAGCAGCAGCAAGCGGUGGAAGAAGAAGUUAAGGACUCACAGCAGCAGCAGCAGCAGCAGCAGCAGCAGCAGGAACAGCAGCAGCAGCAGCAGGAACAGCAGCAGGAGCAGCAGCAAGAAACCAAGCAGCUUCAUGCUCCCGCGGCGCAGCCUGAGAAUGAGCAGCAGCAGCAGCAGCUGCAGCAGCAGCAGCUGGAACAGCAGCAGCUGCAGCAGCAGCAGCAGCAGCAGCAGCAGCAGCAGCAGCUAGCAGCAGCAGCAUCAACGUAUGAUACUCGCCUCAUGCUGGAUGAAAUAGAGAAAAGAAUAUCUCUAUGUGAAGCUGCAGCAGGCAACACAAACCCUAAACCCUAA